AGACAACUUUUAUUUGGACUGAUCGUUGCAACUCUGGCAAUCUGCUGGAUGCCAAACCAGGUGAGAAGGAUCAUGGCUGCUGCUAAACCAAAGCAGGACUGGACUGUCCCCUACUUCAGAGCGUACAUCACUCUUCUUCCCAUCGCCGACAUCUUCUUCUACCUCAGCUCAGUGGUGAACCCCCUCCUGUACAACAUCUCUUCUCAGCAGUUUCGCAGUGUGUUUGUGCAGGUCCUCCGCUGCCACCUGACAAUAGAGCACGCCAACAAGGAGAAGUUUCUCAGAGCCAACCUCAGCUCCAGAGCAAGGAGCAGCCGGUCUCUACGCCCGCUGCUCUUCAUGUCAUCCAGGCGCAACUCUUCUAGGAGGGGCAGUAACAAAGUUUUCUUAAGUACUUUUCAGAAUGAGCCCAAGCCUGGCUGCAGCCCACAGAAACCAGGUCUUGAACCGCCGGAGCCCAGCGUGGAAGCAGCGCCACUAGAGACAAGCUCAGAGCCCAGUCCAGACGCACAAAACGGCCUUUGUGAACAUCAAGUAUGA